AUGAUGACGUUGCUGGUGCCGAUUGUCCUACUCAUCGAUGCGUGCGUCGCGUUUAAUGUGCCCCAUGGAUUCCUCACAGGCCAACCGGUGACAUCGCAUUCGGGACCAUCCGAAGUGAGUGUGGUACGACGCGAGAAGCGCGGCUAUUGGUUUCCAACCAACUAUCAAUACGACAAUAAUGUGUUGAUAAGCUCCGAGCCGCCCAAUGAGUACCUCAAGAAGUGGAUCGUCCAUGAGCACAAUAGUUAUCGUCGAAUGGUGCCCGCUUCCGACAUGAACAUGCUCUACUGGUCCGACGAGCUCGCCGCGUCGGCGCAACGCCACGCCGACACGUGCGAUUUUCGGCACUCGCGCGGACGCGUCAACGUCGGCGAGAACAUCUGGGCGGCGCCGUACAGCAAUUAUUCGGACGCGAUCUCGAUAUGGUUCAACGAGGUGCACAAUCCGCGAUGCGGUUGCAAUCACGCCUACAAACACUGCUGCGGACAUUAUGUGCAGGUGGUGUGGGCGAAGACGAAUCUCGUCGGAUGCGGUUUCUCGCGCUGCCGCGACGUUCAGGGCGUCUGGGGACGCGGCCAUCGCAACGUGUUCGUCUGCCACUACAAUCCGCAAGGAAAUACGGUAUUCGUGACGGCGCGCGGCCAGCUUUAUGCGAUGCCCGCGUUCACAUGGGCCACCGACGGUGCCGAUCGCUGCUCGCACUGUCCGGAAUCGGCGCCGGCGUGCUAUCAGGGUCUCUGCUACAAACCCAAACAGAAUUACUAUGAACGAUCUGCGGAGGAAGUGGAGACGACGACGACGACCACCACCACCACCACCACCACUACUGAGGUUCCGGAACUCAACGAUGAUAAUGUGGAUGCGGUGGAGAACAACGGAUUCCGCGUCUAA